GGUGUUCCCCCUCGUGUCCCCGUCCCGCUCCCACCGGAACUACAACUCCCAGCAGCCCCCGCGCCCGCCGCCGCUCCGCCAUUGGCCGCCGCGGGGGCGUGCUGCGCCGGGCUCUCCAUUGGCUGUCGCCGUGGCAACGGGGGGCGGGGGCGGGGCAGGGGCGGGGCCCGGGGCGGCCCCUCCCGGCGCCGCGGGUUUGUUUGCGGCCGCCCGGCGGCGGCCGGAGGGAGCGGAGCGGAGCGGGGAGCGGAGCCGGGCCCAGCCCAGCCUCGGCGGGACGGGCAUGAGGAGCCGGGGAUCGCGGAACCGCCAGCGCCCCCCACCCGGGGUCGGUGCGCCGUGGGCGGCGCCGCGGAGCCCGCCCUGAGGCGCCGGUCUCCCGGAGACGUCGCGCCGGACCCCGGUGACCCGCCGCCCGCCCCGUCCCGUCCCGCCGGGGCCGCUUGAAGGGGGGAUCUGGGCUAUGCGGUGGUGGCUGCGCGCCGCCGUCCUUAGCCUGCUCGCCGGCGCCGGCGCUGAGGGCAGCGGCCAGAGCGAGUCCCGGGCCGUGGUGGGGCGAGUCGGGGAGAGCACGGUGCUGGGCUGCGACCUGCUGGAUGCCCACGAAGACCGGCCCCCCCUCUACGUGAUCGAGUGGGUCCGCUUCGGCUUCGUCCUCCCCAUCUUCAUCAAGUUCGGGCUCUACUCGCCGCGGGUGGACCCGGAGUACAUCGGUCGCGUGCGGAUUGAGGAAGGCGCCUCGCUGCGCAUCGACCUCCUGCGCGCCGAGGACCAAGGCUGGUACGAGUGCCGCGUGCUCUUCCUCGACCGCCACAGCACCGACGCCGACUUCCAGAACGGCACCUGGAUCCACCUCACCGUCAACGCGCCCCCCACCUUCCUGGAGACCCCCCCUGCCUUCGUGGAGGUGCGGGACCAGGACGCGCUGAGCCUUACCUGCACGGCUGUCGGCAACCCCCAGCCCGUUGUCAUCUGGAAGAGGAGUGACCUGGCUGUCCAGAGUGGGGACACAGUGCAGGUGAGGAACGGGACGCUGAGCAUCGCCGUCGUGGAGCGCGCCAGCGCCGGCACCUACACCUGCCAUGCUUCCAGCAAGGAGGGCACCAUCACCCACACCACCCGCGUGCUCGUGCAGGGGCCACCCGUCAUCGUGGUGCCACCCCAGAACGUCACCGUCAACAUCUCGCAGGAUGCCUUUCUGGCGUGCCAGGCCGAGGCGUACCCGGGAAACCUCACCUACACCUGGUUCCAGGGCAGCACCAAUGUCUUCCACCUCAGCCGCCUCCAGCCUCGGGUCCGCGUCCUGGUGGACGGGAGCCUCUUGCUCCAGCGAACGACCCCGGAUGAUGCCGGCAAAUACACCUGCGUCCCCAGCAACGGGCUGUGGAAGCCACCGUCUGCCUCGGCCUUCGUCACAGUGCUGUAUCCGGCGCAGGUGACCGCCAUGCGCCCGGAGACCCACCUGCCCAAGGGGAUGCAGGGUGUGAUCCGCUGCCCCACCAGGGCCAACCCCCCGCUGCUCUCCGUCAGCUGGACGAGGGACGGGCGCCCGCUGGAGCUGGACAAGCUCCCUGGCUGGUCCAUGAGACCGGACGGCUCCAUCGUCAUUGCGACGGGGAACGACGACGCGCUGGGAGUGUACGCGUGCACCCCGUACAACAGCUACGGCACCGCUGGCGAGUCCCAGCCCACCCGUGUCCUGCUGAAGGACCCCCCCGCCUUCACGGUGCGCCCCAAGGAGGAAUACUUCCAGGAGGUGGGCCGGGAGCUGGUCAUCCCCUGCGCCGCCCACGGGGAUCCCCCCCCAACUAUCACCUGGACGAAGGUGGGCAGCGCGGGGAGGAGCGGUGCCCAGGUGGACGGGAACAGCAGCCUCGUCUUCCGCCCCCUCGUCAAGGAGCAGCACGGGGUCUGGGAGUGCGCGGCCACCAACCAGGUGGCCAGCGUUAGCACCGCCACCUCCGUCCACGUGCUGGGUACCAGUCCUCACGCUGUCACCAACGUCUCCGUACUCCCGCUCCUGCUGGCAGCCAACAUCUCCUGGGAGCCGGGCUUUGACGGGGGUUAUUUCCAGAGGUUCAGCGUCUGGUACACACCGCUGGUGAAGCAUCCGCCCCGGGCGCAUCACGACUGGGUGUCGCUCUCGGUGCCGGUGGGGGCUCAGCACCUCUUGGUGGAGAAUCUGCAGCCGGACAUGAGCUACCAGUUCAGCGUCCUGGCCCAGAACAAGCUGGGCAGCGGCCCCUUCAGCCAGAUCGUCACCUCCGUGCCCAGGGGCUUCCCAGUGACCACAGUGCCUCCGGAGCCGCCGGCCAUGACCGUGCGCGUCUUCCUCUCCCCGCCGCAGGCUCUGACCGCCAACGAGACCGCGCGCGGGGUCCUGCUGCGGUGGGAGCCCCCGGCUCAGUUCUCGGUGGCGCUGAGCGGUUACGCGCUGGAGCUGCGGCAGGACAAGGGCGGUUGGGAGGUGCUGGACCGCUCCAUCCCCAGCACCAAGACCCAGGUCCUGGUGCCAGGACUCAUCAAGGACGCCUUCUAUGAGUUCCGACUGGUGGCCUUUGCUGGCAGCUACAUCAGCGAUCCCAGCAACACGGUGAACGUCUCCACGGCAGGCAUGGAGGUGUAUCCGUCUCGCACCCAGCUGCCGGAGCUCCUGCCGCAGCCGGUGCUGGCCGGGGUCAUCGGGGGGAUCUGCUUCCUCAGCGUGGCCGUCAUCUUUAGCACCAUGGCCGCCUGCAUCAUGAACCGCCGGCGAGCCGCGCGCGUCCAGAAGCGAAGGCAAGAUCCACCACUCGUCUUCUCCCCCAGCAAGAAGCUUCCACCUCCGCAAAAUUCUCGUGGCUCUGGUAGCCCAGACAGCACUGUGAAGCUGAAGCUGCAGCCGUCUCCCUACCGGAGCCUACGCCGGACGCUGCUGUGGGGCGAGAAAGCCGGCACCAGCCUGGGUCUCAGCAUUGCCGGGGCUGGCUCGCGGUACGCCCUGUACGAGAGCCACGUCGGGGAGCACGUGCCCCUGGAGCGCAUCUGCCGCGGCCCCGACGGACGCUUCGUGGUGGAGACCGACACGCGGCCGCAGGAGAGCGGCUUUGGGGGGCUGCCCUACGCCCAGCCGGAGACGCACCCCCCGGGGCCGCAGCCCUACCUGCAGCUGCCCAAGGAGGAAGAGGAGGAGGAGGAGGAGCCCAUCUGGCGCAAGGGGGUCUCUCUGCGCCCCCGUCCCAUGGGCCAAGCCGGUCGGGGAGCCCGUGCCGCCGGCUACCGCCAGGGCCGCUACUUUGGCUACGGCAGCAGCAGCCCCGUGGACGAGGCGGCGGCGGCACUCUGCAUCAUCAACAUCAGCCCCGUGGCCUCCGCCGCCGCCGCCGCCGCCACCCUGCCUUACAGCACCCGGGAGGAGCUGCGCGACAGCCCCCCCAGCGCCGCACCCUGCCCCAGCCCCGCCAGCGCCCUGUGGGACUCGCUGCCCCUCGAGGGCUCCUCCCGGCCCCCCCUGGCACCCCCGGCCACCCCCAGUCCCAGCCUGGGGUGCAGUCGGCAGCCGGCCGCCCCCCCGGCCCAGAGCGGGAUCCUCCAGUACCUGAGCCUGCCCUUCUUCAAGGAGAUGUGCGUCGACGGCGACUGGCCGCCCCCGGAGGAGCUGGCUGAGCCCAGCCACGCUGGUGGCCAGCCAGACCCCGCCGCCAGCCCCCCACCGGGGGCUGGGGGCUCCCCGCAGGGCGCGGGACGGACGCUGUGCCCGGACUGCAAUGACACAAGUGCCAACGUCACCCCCGCUUUCCUCAAGCUCCCCAAACUGCCCGUGGGUCCCGCCAAGGCCUCGCUGCCCGGCACCCCCGCCUGGCCUGGCUCCCCCGGGGCCACCCUGCAGCCCCCCACCCCCCCGGCUCACCCCAGGACUGAGGCCAUGCCCCCCUCCGGCCCCGCGGAGCCCCGGUGGGCACCGGGCCGGCCGCCGGACCCUGCGCCCCCGGAGAAGCUGCUGCGGGGCAGUUUGACCAGCCAGAGCAGCGGCCGGGGCAGCGGCUCCUUCUUGCGGCCCCCCUCGGUGGCGCCCCCCCUGGGGGGCAACUGCCUGGCCCCCCGCCUCGGGGAAGGGGGCAGCUGGCCCAGCGGAGGCUCGGCGGCGGAGGAGGGCAGGGCGAGGAUGGAUGCGGCGCUCGGCAGCACCGGGAAGAGGAGGAACACCUCGGUGGACGAGAACUACGAGUGGGACGCGGAGUUCGCCCUGGAAUCCGACAUCCUCCAGGCGCUGCAGCUCUACCGCAGCGGGGACCCGGCCCGACCCGUCUCCACCAUCGCCCUGCGCGACCUGGAGCGGCAGAAGCCCGGCGGCGGCUCCUCCCCGGUGAGCUCGGUGUCGGCGGAGGCGUUGGCGGCGGCGGGUGCCCCCCCGGAACGCGGCACGGCCUUGCGCCAGGAGCUGGCGACGACGUCCCGGCGUCGCAGGGAGGUGACCCAGCAGCAGCGGCGGCAGCAGCGCCUGGACCCCCGCGGGUGCUGCGCCGAGCGCUUCGAGUUGGCCACCCUGCUCUAGGGAGGACCCCCCCA